GUGCGGGCUUGCACAUGUGGUGGGCGUGGCGAGAUCGACCAAUCCUGCCCCGAAACCCACGCACGGUUGCACGAGGUUGCAUCCACAAUAUAGCAGAGUGGUAUUAUGGCUGGCCCCCUCCAAUAACUCGCAUCAACCACGCCCGAGUCGUGCUCACUGAUCCUUUGAAAGCUUCUGGUGGGUAAGAUGAGGUCAGUGCUCCCGACAUAGCCCUUACUUGCGAGUUUGAUGCCCCAGUGCCCUCACAUUUGACUUCCGGCUCCAGGGCGGGCUGGACGGGCUGAGCUUCGUGACAAGGAAGGCCCCGGAUGUAUUUGUGGUGAUCCUCACCCUUAUCCAUUGUGUGCCACACGACGGCGUGCAUUACAAGCCUUGACGGGCUCGUCACCAUGUUUGUGACCUGUCGGAUCCUGUUGCGGAAUUGGGAUACCGUGGUACCAGGCAAUGAUCGUCCCUGUUGGUGAACUGACUCGCUGCCGGACCCAGGGGCGGGCAAGGCAAAACAGUCUUCCAGCCCCAUACACUUGAAGAACAGUUCCCCACGAGCUCGAUCCCGCUGACCUCCGCGCUCCUCGCCGUCCUGAUUGAUUAUGGGCCACAUAGGCAUGAGGCCAUUCCUAUUGUCUUCUCGCCAACGCAUCUGAGCACAGAGACUCAGCGGAGGCUCCGCCUCUGAACGGUUACCCCCACCGAAGAACAAGAAGCGACUCAGUCUCGGCCAAACAUCAACGACAUGUCGACAGAGCAAGGCCCUCUCGUGUCGGACCAGACCUCGUGGCAGGCCACCAGGCCUCUGGUGCGGGCUGCCAUCGCAACCAUUGUUGUAGACACCUUUAUUGUCGCCGCGAAAACGUUCUCGAGGCACGGCAUUGCCAAGUUGCGGUUCUGGUGGGACGACUUCUGGAUCAUCGUGGCCUAUGUGCUGCUGAUGCCCAUAUGUGGUUUGGGACUGGCAAUGGUCAAGGUGGAGACGUCCUGGAGCAACGAAGACCGAGUCAUCCUGAGCUUGGAGGAGAACGAGAUCUUGCUGAAGAUCAUAUACGCGGUGCUGCAAUUCCUGCUUGCAUCUUAUGCGGCUACACGAUUUUCCAUUCUCGCCCUCUACCUCCGUAUAUUCAGCGACACUCGGCUAAGAGCGGCCAUCUGGAUGGUUUGCGCCUUUGUUACGCUACAAUGGCUGGGCUUUGCCAUCACAUCCGUGUUCCAGUGCAACCCGGUCUAUCACUUCUGGGAUAGAGCUGUGGAAGGCACGUGCGUCGAUGUCGACAAGUUCUACCGAAGCGUAACGCCUUUCAAUCUGGUCGUCGACAUUGUCCUUGUUAUCAUGCCGCUACCGACAGUGUGGCAGCUCAGAGCGAGCAACACACGCAAAUGGGCUCUGACACUCCUCUUCGGAAUCGGCCUCGCGGCACUAGUAGCCUCAGCGGUCCGGCUCUCUGUUUACGAAAGGCAUACUGCCAAGUACAUUGCACCGAGCUACACAAACGUCAUGAUCCUAUGGCUUGUAGUCGAGCCUUCUAUCUAUUUAAUAGCUGCCUGUCUACCUGCAAUGCAUCAUAUCAUCGCAGCUAUGGUUCCAAAGAGGUUCGCAAACUGGAUAGGAGACCGCAUGGCAAAAAUUCAAAGCACGGUGCUGGGUCGAAGCAAGACGGGCUUCUCAAUAACGAGCGACUCACGGGGCUUUACAGAUGACACUGAACCGGCUCUCGAAUUGGGAGCUGGUAUCCCCACCAAAGCUCGUGUCGAGGUAGCACCUAAUGAGCGAAAGGUCGUAACAGAUCCGUGGAUGGAGAACCAGGGUAUAAUGGUCACCACUGAUAUCAAGGUCGAAGUCAGUCAGGAGGAUCGAAUCGAACGAGUAAUUGGCUUCUAGACAGCUGUACUAUAUUUAAUUAGAAGGCUCUGGAACGUUUGCUAUGGCCAUA